CACAGUACCACGUGAAAGGGAAACAUUUCAUGUAUGCCAUGGCUACCUCUCCUUAUUCAAUAGAAUUGACACUUAAUAUCAUAGAUCAGACAACAAAUGCCUAUAGAGCGAGUCGACUUAUCCUUGGUCCAUGCAGUGAUCAACUACGUGAUAUUUUUCAUCACCAUACACAAUCUAGUCAUUGCUUACCUCCAAGCAUAAAUAAUCCUGACCCCAGUGACAGAUCUCUGUCAGCCAACAUUGAAAAGAUCCGUAAUGCGAGGAUUUUUAUUGCGAGAAUUCUGUGUGACAGUUAUCCCAAUCCCCCCAAACUUUCAAAUACUUAUUACCGCUUACUUUGGCAAACUGUAAGAGGAGCAGUUUUGGAUCUUGAUACGUACCUGAACAAUGAGUACAAGUACCUACAUGCAGUUGAUUUUUUGGGAAAAGAGGUAAUGAACCCUGUGACUGAACGUCAUUACGCAGAGGAACUAAAACAUCAGUUUGAAGUAGAAGCAGCGACAGGCAAAAUAAAUCAAGGUCUGUACCAGAUUUCUUAA